GUUGUGGGGGAAGGGUUCGGCGAGCUUAGCGGUGGAGCUGAGCGAGUCCACAGGAGUAGAAGGCUGAUGGCUUGACACCACUGGCAAUGCCGGGUGCUACGUUACCAUCAGCCGUUGACAGGCUGCACCAGUGCCUCAACACCCUCCAGAAGAAUGUCCACCCUUGCCCCCUCGACGCCCUUCCCCUCGACGGCAUAGCCAAGAGGGAAGGCAAGCUCACUGACGCCCACCUGCAGCGACUGGCUGACGCACUCGCCCGUUCCACCACCUUCCACGGCUUUGUGGACCUCUCCAACAACCUUGUAACGGACCAAGGCCUCGUGACAUUCGCGGCUUCAUUGCUCGCCUCCCCCAGUUCCCCGCUGACCGGCCUGUCGCUGUGCGGCAACCCCGUGGGCGACAGAGGUGCCCAGGCUGUGGCGCAGCUCCUCGCCCGCCACCCGUCAUUCACGAGUAUCGACUUCUCGCGCACUUGUGUGGGCGAUGACGGCACGGCCGCCCUUGCUAACGCGGCGCGGCUCAACGGUCACGUUCGUGAGUUCAGGGCGGCUCGCGUGGGCCAUCACGGCCUCCAGUAUAUCCUGCAGAUGGCGCAGAAGCUCCGUUCACUGACCUCUUUGGAGUUCACGCCAAUCGACCAGGUGACGACUCUGCGGUUCAGGACGUCGCUUGAGGAUGGUGACUUUGACGUGUCUGACUAUGUGGCGCCGAGGGAGGCCGGCGAAGAGGAGGAGCCGGCGGCCGCUGCGCCACAGGGAGGGGGAGACGAGGAGGACGAAGAGGGCGCUGCAGAGAGGAGACCGAAGUGGCCGCCCGAAGGCAUUCAUGCCGAUGACGACUCUGUCGGAGAGGAGACUGCUGGCGGCACUGUCGCGAACGGUGUGGACCUGACCCUCACAGUGCAGUCUCUGCGGCUGCUGGACAUCAGGGGCGACGGCCAUACUCUCAAGCUGCCCAUAGGACCCGACAGCCGCAAAACGGCCUUCACGCCCGCCUAUGAGGCGCUGUUGAAGCAGCUCGUCAAGUCGCUCGAAGGCCAUAGGAAACUGACGGAUGUGCGGUGCGGGGUCGGUGAGGGAGAGGGGGAGGAGGGAGAGGGAGAGGGAGGGGUGCCGGAUUGGCUGAGGAACGACCUGGCCAAUGUGUGUCACGAGCACGAAGCUGCUCUGAGGUCGGAUGCGGCCGAACAUGCCAAGAGACACCACAGGAGCCCUCUCAAGUACGCCGAGCGAGUCGCCACAGAGCUCGACAAAGGCAAAGGUACACACGACACACACACCAGAAGAUGAUAAAAUGCCCAGACAGGUGACCAUGCGCAUGGCAUGUCUCUUAUCUGUGUGUGCAGCUCCUGAGAGCAAGAGUGUGCUGCCGAUGCGCUCUUAUGUCGACCGUUCGCUGAAUGCGCUGCUGAGCGACGCCUUGUUUGAGCUGCAGCGGCACAAGAGUAAGGGCAACGAGGCCGUCAGCGACGCCAAGGGUACGCCCAAAGACCCACAGCAGGCAGCAGAGUGGCGGGGGGUGAAUGGAUGGAUGUGGGUGGGGUUCAUCUUUGUGUGUGUCUUGUGCGUGCCGUUUCUUUGUCAGGCGAGUUGGCGUUCAUCUCCUUAUUCAUGCAGAGGAAGAUCAACAACACCAAGAGGCUCUUCGACACGACUCAAUGAAUGAAUGAAUGAAUGGCUCUUGAGUGGUUGGGGGGCGUGUGCAGGGG